UAUCUUUAAAUAUUCACUUUUAUUAUUGAAUUAGUAAUUAUUUAUAAAUUAAACUAUUUUUUCAGGUAUUCAUUAGAUACCUUUACAUUGAUCAAAUUAUAAAAAAAAUUAAUUAUUUUUUAUAUUACUCAUUAUUAAGUAGCAACAUGCCAGUAGCAGAAGAAACUGUUUCUAUAUCUGAUGUAAUUAUCCAACUUCAAGACUACAGUCCUACAAUACCAGAUGCCAUUACUGCUGCUAUAUGUUCUGAAGCUGGAUUUGAAACAAGUGAUCCCCGAAUUAUUAGACUGAUAUCAAUUGCAUCUCAAAAAUUCAUUGCGGAUAUAGCCAAUGAUGCAUUACAACAUUGUCGAGUUAGAAUGGCAACUAUGCCAACAAAAUCAGGAAAAGUUCCUAAAGACCGUAAAUUCACUUUAACUAUGGAAGAUUUAACACCAGCACUUAAUGAAUAUGGAAUUGUAGUUCGAAAACCACCAUAUUUUGUUUAAUAGGACAACUAAUUACUAUCAUUUUUUUUAGACCUUAAAAUAAAAUAAUGAUACCUUUAUCCAUAAAUUCUUGUAUACAAUAAUGUAUUUGUACCUCAUUAAAAUGAAUAUUUUUUAAUUAACAAUAUUUUAUUGUGUGCAAUAAUAUAGUCAACAAAUUCUAAUAGAUGUUUGAUAUUUAUUAUGCUUUGGUAUAUAAUCGCUAGGUUAUAAUAGGUCUCAGUAAAAUUAAAACUUUCUUUUUUUAUAAUUAUAUUUUAACUUUGGUAUUUAUAAUGUAUCAAUAAAUAUAUUAUUUAAUAAUUGCAUUUAAAAAUUGGUUUUAUAUUUCAAGUUUGCAAGUUUUAUAAGUAUUUAACUCGUAAUCUAUACAUAUUUAUAAUAACUGUAUGUAAUAUUAUUUAAACUAACUAAAACAAGUUUUAAAGUAUGUUUUAGGAAUUUUUUGUAUUAAUGUCUAGGUUAAUUCAAUCCGUAGGAGAGGGCAAGAGAAUUCUGUUCUAUCAAUGAUGUUCUCAAGUAUUUCCAAACAUUUUAGUAGUGUAUUAAUACUUAAAAUGCUUCAAAUUGUAUUAGAAUUAUACUUCUCUUUGCGUUUUUUUAUCAUUUUUAUACCUGUAGUCAAUUAUAAUGGCUAUUUCAAGAAUAUAACAUUUUUUCAUUAAUUACUA